UGAUCGAAUUUUGUGCGACUUUGAAACUGGAAAGAAAGUAGACAUUUGCAUGUCCCAGCCUUUUUCCUGUAGAUAUUUAGAGCAAGGACGACAAAACUUUCACCCAGGAUUYCUUUAACGUUGCUCUAACUUUGUGUGAAAUUACGAUUGAUCAUGGCUUACCCUUCACCAGUUAUCAUCAGAUCAACUGCACAGCACACAGCUACGGUAAUAUUUCUUCAUGGUCUUGGCGAUACAGGACAUGGAUGGAGCCAAGCAUUUGAAAUGAUAAAAUCACCGCAUGUAAAGUACAUAUGUCCGACAGCAAAAACAAUGAGGGUAACACUGAAUGCAGGGAUGGCAAUGCCAGCUUGGUUUGAUAUUAAGUCUUUAGCAAUGAACACUGCCGAGGAUCACGUAGAAAUCAAAGCAAGUUCUGCUUAUGUUCAGUCUCUUAUUGAAGAAGAAAUAAAAAAUGGAAUUGAACCAAAUAGAAUUGUUGUAGGGGGAUUUUCACAAGGGGGAGCAAUAGGUUUGUACUCUGCUUUAACGUCAUCAAAAACACUGGCAGGAAUAUUAGCCUUAAGUACUUGGCUUCCCCUUAAUGGUUCAUUUCCUGGAGCCUUAAAAGGAAAUUCUUCAACCCCAAUUUUACAAUGCCAUGGUAAAAUCGAUCCUGUUGUCAACUUUACWUAYGGUGAAAUGACAGCUGCUGUUCUAUCAAAGAUGUGCUCAAAACACACUUUCAUGAAAUACUCUGAUUUAGGACACUCAUCUAGUCCCAAGGAAAUGGAAGAUGUCAAAAACUGGCUAAAUAAUGUAAUACCGACCCGCUAACAAACAGAAGAAUGUAAUAUUUCUCCAAAAUACAGUGUGCUCUUGUUAGCUGAUGAAGAAAUUGAUUGCUGAAAACGUUUUAUUUGUUUUAAUUUCUCAAUCAAGCCGAGGGAAAAUCGAGAGAAGUGAAUCUAAUAAGGUGUAUAGAUAGGGAGAACAAUGAUGUAUAAUUAUAGUUUAUUUGUAUGUUGGUGGAAAAGUUUCAGAGAGAAACUAUAUUAUACAAUGUAUAAUGCUAGUUAGACCAGUAAUGCUUCUUAAUUAGACCAGGAUGCAGUUGUAUGGGAGACAAAAUAACCAGGCCCAGGUUUACAAAAGGUGAAAAAAGUGCAAUACAUUUUCAAGCUGUUUCAGAAAGACCAUUUGAGUUUGCCAUGCACAAUGAUAAUCUUGUUCACUUUACAUGUCAAAAAUGGAUGCAAGAUGGAGUCUAAAUAGUAUUGUCCACCCAAUGUUCAAUACUCUGUUUUCAAAAAUUUACACUGUAAUCCAAAAAAGCUUGAAGAUGAAGCCUUCUAGGAAUACAGGGUUAUAGUCGCAGCUCAGGGAAAUAACAACAGUUUUCAUUUGGCUGCACGCAGGCUUUGUGCUCUCUAUUGUGUUUGGCAAGGUCUUUGCACAAGAGAAUCCCUUGUGAAAGAGYGGUUAUUCACUUUAAAUUUGAAAAUGGAGUGUUGUUGCUUCCAUGCAAAUGAAUAUAUGAAAUGAUUGCUAUUUUAUGUUAUACGUACUGCAAAUAAAUAUGAUCUACCAAAAUUGUGAAUAAACAAUCGAUGUAAAUGCAAGAGGCAUGUUUCUCUAUUUGAAGUCA